AUGUACUCUUUGUGUGAGUGGCAUUCCAGAAGUUCUGCACAGAUCAAACGAUCAAAAAGCGGGGGAUACUGUAGAAUAAAGGCGCAUUGCGAGACAUUUUUAAAGGUCACACGUGGAAUUUAUGAAAUUACUGUAUUUUUAGUUCUAAAUUGAAUCUUUUUUUUCUAUUGCUUUGUUUUGUUUUGUUUGGUUUUUUCUAGGAAAUCAAUGAUUUUUAUUAGUUCUUUCAAUUUUAAAUUAGAGCAUCUAAAAAUUUGCGUAAUAUAAAAAUACAUUUUCGGGUGAAAACUACAAAAAGAGAAAAAUAAACAAAAACCGAAUUCACUAGUGUCUAAACAUUCCAUUGUUUGAGUAGACGCAGAGAAACGGCGUCUCGUGCGUCAGCACCCUUUCCCUUGCCCCUGUCCUCUCGAAAAAGCGUCCGCCUUCCAUUUCCACGUAACCAACAAAACCGGUUUUCACAGUGAUUUCAGCGAGAAUUCGCAACAUUUUCAGUCGAUUCUUUCAGGGAUGGCUUCGGUGUUGUCGUCGUUCUUCCAGCGCGAUCCCAAAUCGCAAUUUCCCUAUGACAUUCCCGCCGAGCAGCAACACUUUUUCGAUCGAGUCUCCAUCGGAAACAGCUUCAAAAAAGUGGGUCAAAAAUGAAAGAAACGAAGAGAGUUUAUAUUUCAGGCCGAGCCCGGCGAGCUUGCCACAAUAUUCUGGGAUAACCGAAGUUCGACGCUUAAACAACAGGCGCAGAAGCUGAAAACGAUGCGCCAUCCCAACAUUAUCACGUAUUUAGACAGUAUUGAAGUGAGUACACCUUUUAGAUGCUCAAAAAAUAUGCAUUUUUUCAUUUUUUCAGUUAGAAGGCACAUUCUACCUCGUCACCGAAAAAUGCAAGCCUUUGGAGCUCUAUUUGAAAGAAGCUGGACUCACAGAAAACCAAAAAGAGUUCGUCGUCUCCUGGGGAAUGUUUCAGCUGCUGAAUGCACUGAAAUUCAUGCACGAAGCGAAAUUGAGUCAUGAAAACCUCCGGAAAGGCGUAUUUGUGACGGCCGGAGGAGACUGGAAGAUCGGCGGACUCCACCUCGUCACCGCGUUCACUUCCCCUCAAACCGACCUCAAUCAACUGGCAAUUGUGCUUUGGGAGGUGUUUAAUGGAUUCAAUGGAUCGAUUUCAAGACCCCAGGCGCCCGGAAAAAUUCCUCAACGAAUUCAUGAGUUGUACAAGAAGAUUGGCGCUCAAUCGGCCGCCCGACUCACCGUUUCCGAUAUCAUCAAAGAAUAUCGAUUGACCGGCGGAUACCUGAAGAACAAGUUCGUCGACACGCUCUUGUUCCUCGAAGAGUUUGAGCUGAAAGAAGCGAGCGAGAAGCAGUCGUUCUUCAUGCAUCUCCGCGAGAACAUUGACAUCUUCCCGGAAGACGUGGCCAAGUACAAGAUUCUUCCGAAGCUCAUUCUGACCUACGAGUACGGAGACGCCGGCCCGAAUAUUCUCAUCCCGCUCUUCAAACUCGGACGUCUACUCGACGAGGCCGAAUAUCAGCGGACGAUUGUGCCGUGUCUGUGCAAACUGUUCGGCAGUCCGGACAGAACGACACGUGUCAAGCUGCUCGAGCGAAUCGACGAGUUUGCACCGCAUCUCACGCAGCAAGUGGUCAACGACAAGAUUUUCACAAAUUUGACAUCUGGCUUUCUGGACACCAACCCCGCAGUUCGAGAGAGCACCGUGAAAGCGGUGGUCUCGCUCGCCGAAAAGUUGAACUACAACAAUUUGAAUGUGGAGCUGAUGAAGUACCUGGCGAGACUGCAAGGAGGAGACGAGCAUGGCGGCAUCCGAACCAACACGACCAUCUGCCUCGGAAAGAUCGGACAUCUGCUGGCGCCUGCCAAGCGACAGGGCAUUCUGAUAAGCGCGUUUACCCGAGCCCUCAAAGAUCCGUUCGCUCCGUCGCGAAUGGCCGCUGUUCUCGCACUUUCCGCCACCCAACAAUUCUAUCCGAUCGUCGAAAUCGCGAAUCGCAUCGUUCCCUGCUUGAUACCGUUGACUUGUGACCCCGAGAAGCAGGUCAGAGAUCAGGCGUUCAAGGCCGUCCGCGGAUUCCUGGAGAAACUCGAGAAGGCGUCCGAGAAUCCGGCGUGCAUUCCGGAGCUCGAGGCAGGAGUGAAAGCCGGCGCCAGCUCGAUUCUAGAUCACGAAAAAGUGCCGCAGUGGGCGAGUUGGGCUCUCAAGUCACUCUCCGGCAAGUUCUACAAGGGAACUCCGCCGCCAGAAGUGAAACCGGGAGCUCCAGCAGCCGCCGGAGCAACCUCUUCCCGACCGGUCACACCGAAUUCUCUCGCUGAAAAAGGUAAAACUGUUUGAGAAGCUAUAAAGAUUAGUGGAAAUUUUUUAGAAAAAACAUCGACGACAGCCGCUGAGAAACCUGCGUUGAAACCGGCGUCGAACGACGGUUGGGGGGACCUGGACGACGGCGGCGACAUGUUCGCCGUCAAUAAUUCGAAUGGUGCGGUCGUGGACGAUUGGGCUGACAUAAAUUCAAAAUCGAACGACGCGGAUGACUGGGGAGUCGGCUGGGACACUCCUAUCGCGACGGCCACGUCUUCUCCGAUCCCGGGAAUCAAGAAAUCGGGCUCUGCUGCUUCGGUGAGCGUCAAAAAGCCGGCAAUCGGACGCUUGAACCUUCCGACUGCCGCCGCAGGAGGAUCCGCGCAGCUCAAAGCGAAAAAGGCGAUGGAUGACAAUAUCGAUGCGCUUCUGGGGAUCUCGGCUCCUCCGACCGCCACGUCUUCCGUCUCGCAGACUCCUCUCAAACCGAACUCUCUGAACGCGCUCAUGAACAAGUCUUCCUCUUCCACUUCUACCUCUACCUCCAAUUCCGGAUGGGGAUUCGAUGAUCCUGUGGCCACUAGCUCUGCAAACAAGGGAUGGGAUGACGACGGUUGGGGAGAGAGCGGCUCAACGAGCAACGUGCUCCAGCCGACUCCCGUUCUGCAACCGACUAAAGUGAAAGAUGACAAAGGUGAGUACAGAAAUCUUUGAAAUCAUUAAAUUUUGUGAACUGUAGAUGGCCGUCGAGCUGAAAUGCUGGCAAGAAACGAGGCGCGACGAAAGGAGCAGAUGGACCGAAAGAAGUCGUCCGGGGCGAUGAAACUGGCGGCGGUCGAGAAGAAAAUGGACGAUUUCGCCGAUUGGUGA